AUGGCCUGGAUAUCGUAUACCUCCGGCGUUGUCGCCGUCGUUACUUUCCCCCUUCGUCUGGUGUGGAAGCCUGUGGCUCUCUUCAUCAACUCGAUGCUCAUCCUGAUAUCUCCAUUGAUCCUCAUGGGGUCAUUCAUCAUCGGAUGGUGUCAAGGAGUACUUGACUUUAUAGCAAGCCUUCAGCUGGCCUGCGGCGCCUGCAUCGGCAUCGUGACCGGUUUGACCAUGUCAUGCACGUCCCAAAUCAUCACCACAGUCCUCGGUAUGCAUGACAGAGGCUAUCAAGGUCCGCCAUCGACACCUGCUCCUUCGACUCCUUCGUCAGAACGACCAGGGACGGGCAAGACUGAGGACUCCUCGUCUUACGAGACCGACUGGCAGCUGCUUAACAAGCCGCCUCCGAAGCGGCGUAGGACGAGACCCGGGCUGUGGUCUCAAACUAUUCACGAGGAGGACGAUGAUGAUUCCGAAAUUUGA